ACAAGAAAUCUGUAAGGGAAAAAAGUUGCAGACAAAACAUUAUGAAACAAAAAAAAAAAAAGAAGAAAAGAAAAAGAAAAAAAGCCUCCAAAAAUACCAUUAAGUUUGAUUUGUUUUGGUCAUCUACUGGGCCUGCCCUUAAGUGUGGUUUGUCUACCCAGUGAGAGUCUGUUGGAGAAAGCUAAUUUUUCCUUUACAAGAAGUUAUCCCUUGUAAUUGCUUCUGGGUUAGGGGUGCAGUAUGUGUCUACUUCCCCUCUCAGUGCCGGGACCCCAUUUGGGUUCGAUUUGGACCACUCAGAUGCAUGAAGCAUGACCUCUGCGUUCACGUAUGUACCAUUUCUGUUGUGCCCAGGCCUUGUUUCCUUGGUGUCCUCACCCACCCUGGCUCUUGUGACCUUUUCUUGUCUUCCACAGAGUUCUCUGAGUCACGAGGAGAGGGUCUGAUGAAGACAUCCCGUGUAGAACCAGAUGCUCUAAGACCUGUCACUCUCCACACAUUGCCCAUUUGUGGGUCUCUGUCUUUGUUCCCAUCUCCUGCAGGAGGAGCUUCCGUGAUGAUGGCUGAGCAAGGCACGAGCCCAAGCGUGUGGCAGUAUGUCAUUAGGAGUCAUUCUACCACCACCUUCCUUUAGCAGACAGUAGCGUUUGGUUUUCCCCUAGGUCCAUGGCCUAUCUAGUCUCAGGUUCUUGGCUAUCCCAGGAAGUGUCAGGCAUGGGUUCCAUCUCAUGGAGUAGGCUUGAUUCCAAUCAGACAGUGACAACCUGAGGUUAUUCCGUGGACUCACAUGAAGGAAAGAGAGAACCGGCUUCUCUGACCUCCACUAGCCUGCCAUGGCAGGUGCAUGCCCACCCUACCCCCAUAUUGACAGAAAUAAAUAUGACUAUAUAUGGUAAAAGAUCGUCUCUGCCUUCAAGCCAGUCACCAUCACUUAUUAAGCAUGGUAAUGCCCGAAGCCCUGCGUUUGAUCCUCGGAACUGCACAAACAGCAAAACGUGGAGGCCAGCGAGUCAGAAGGUCAACAUCUGUUUUGGCUACACAAGUUUGAGGCUAGCUUGGGUUAUAUGAGAACUUGCUUUGCAUUUUUAAGGAUUUUUAUGAAAUUGUUAGGGGUCUCAUGUGGAGGGGGUUAAGUGAAGUUCAGCCUACGGCUGGAGGGGAUUAACACGGCUAUCCAGAAAUCAUUCAACCUGGGGAUUAUUGUACCAAAUAGGGAAGUCAGAAAGAACUCAAGAGGAAAUGAGAAUAUGUAGCGGGUUUCUUUAUGUUUUGUGAGCAUUACACGCAGGGAUUGCCCCCAAAAGUUGUGCCUAAAUUUCCCAGCCCAUCUGGAAAAUCUGGUUUGCAGGGCAGGCACACCGGAAGCUGCACGACUCACGGCGCUGGGCCACUAGGGGGCGCCAGGCAAGCGGCGACCUUAACAGCGGGAUGGCUGCGGCACGGUUACUGCUGCGCCUGGCCGGACGCCUAGAGUCAGUGAACUUCACGCAGAGUGUGUGUGGCCUUCUGGGGGCCGGGCGGGGACCCGGGCCAUGGCACACGCACUGCAGCUUGGAGCGAGGACAGCUUGUCCUUUCCAGCCAUUCAUUCCCCGGCGCCUCGGAGAGACUUCCAAUCCAGAGACCCCCUUUCUGCCCUUUUGUGGCUCUGGACCAGAAGCCUGGGGGCUCCAGGACCGAGCUGCCCCCAGAUAGAGGUGUGGAUGUGGGUGUGGCCGUUAUUCUUCAGUCCAGUGAUCAGACUGUCUUGUUGACCCGAAGGACAUGCACUCUCCGCAUUUCCCCCAACGUCUGGGUCCCUCCAGGUGGCCACAUGGAAGUUGAUGAGGAGGUCCUGGAGUGUGGCCUUCGAGAGCUGCAGGAAGAGUGUGGGCUUCAGCUGCCUCUGGCCCAGGUCUCUUGUGUCCUUCUGGGGUUGUGGGAGUCUGCCUACCCUCCUAGGCUGAGCUGGGGUUUCCCCAAAUACCAUCACCUCAUUCUCUAUGUUCUUGUGACCUCCCAGGAGUCAGAGCAGGAGCUCCAGGCCCGGAUCCAAAUAAAUCCAAAUGAGGUGAGUGCCUUUAUGUGGCUGGGGCCAGAUGUAGCAGCAGUUGUGGCCGCCACAGAAGAUGGCACUGAGACACCCAGACUUCUCCAGACCUUACCACCUUCUCUCUGUGCAACCGAACUGAAGGACGAUGGAGGAACCCGACCUCUGGUCCUGCCCAUGUCCACUCUCCUGCGGACAACCCCAGCCACAGCAGAGGACGGAGAGCGGGUCAGCGCUGGAACCAAGUUUGCUCUCAGGCUCUGGCUGCAACAUCUGGGCAGCUGAAGGUUUUACAUGGAGCCCGGACCAGCAGAGGAAGGACUGGGGUCUGCGAGCUGAUGGCUCCAAAGACUUCUGCUGUAAAAACCUGAGACCUGAGUUCAAUGCCUAGAAUCUCUUUCAGAUGGCAGGAGGGGUUCUACUCCAAAAAGCUGUCCCCUAAUGUCCACAUGCCAUGCAAAGGCACAUAUGCCCAAAUACACAGUAAUAAAAAUUUUUAAACGUU